CAUCCCGUGGCGUCGGUCCAUCCAGCCCGUGGCCAUGCAGCCCGUGCCCUUCGAGUCGUCGGACGUGGACCAAGAGACCAACGAGGUCGCCACGUCCACGUCGGCAACGUCGCACAGGGACAGUGGCGGCCCUUCCGGCGAACCCGAGAAGCCCCAGAGAAAGAAAGAAAAAGACUCGUUCUCGAAGCUCCACGUCCGGCGUCCCCUGACCAACAUGACCCGGGACAGCGGCGACAGCGUCCGACUCAAGUGCGAAGUGGCCGGCGGCGCUGUGGGUGCCAAGAUCGUCUUCAGCUGGUUCAAGAACGACGCGCCGGUGCAGGAAGAGCGGAAUCGACUCGAGAUACGACAGUACCCCCGUUCUCCCGGUUCGGGUUCUCCCGGUUCGACCUCGGCGAGUGCAGCCGGCUACGGGUCCCGGCUGAGGAUCGUGAGCGCUGACGUUCACGACACGGGCUACUACCGCUGCGAGGCAAGCGACGGACGAAACGUCGUCGAGACCACGGGGAUACUCAGGGUGUCGGCCGGUCCCAUUCAUCAUGCCCCAGCGCAGAUACCGCAGUUUCCGCCGGUGUUUCCUCACUUCCCUGGUUUGGGAGGAAGCCAAGCAAGCACGGGGGGCAACGAGCUGCCCAUUGUGGGGCCCCCUCCUCCCCUGCCCCCAAUCUCGGGCGGCGGCGGUGGGAGCUGCCAGAUCUACCAGGGCAUCACGUGCGGCCAGUACCUGGGCAACCGCAGUGUCUUCGUGCGCCCACCACCAGCCACCAUGGCCGCCAUGGAGGAGAAACUGGCGGCGGCUUUCACGGUCAUUGCCACCUCUCAGGACGUAUCGCCCCAGUGCCACAAGUAUGCCAUCCCGUCGCUGUGCUUCUUCGCAUUCCCGCCCUGCGAGCCCGGCGCGCCCGGCGGCAGGGCGCCCGAGCCGCGCUCCGUGUGCCGGGACGAGUGCGAGCUGCUGGAGCACAGCCUGUGCCGCAUGGAGUACUCCAUCGCCAAGCGCCACCCACUCAUCGGUCAGCAGAAGAUCCUGCCCGUCUGCGAGGAGCUGGCACCCGUCGGCUCACCCGAGAGCGAGUCCUGCUUGAGGCUCGGUGUGCCCCACAGGGAGGCCGAGGACGUCAACAAAGAGGAGACUUGCUACGUCCACGGCGGUGAGGACUACCGGGGCACGGUGGCAGAGACGAUCUCGGGCCUGCCCUGCCAGCUGUGGACCCACCAGAUACUGUUCUCGCGCAUCGCCGAGUACCCGGAGAUUGUGGGGGGCCACAACUACUGCCGCAACCCCGGCGGCAUGGACGUCCAGCCCUGGUGCUUCACCUCCGGACCCGUGGUCAAGAAGGAAGUGUGCAACAUCCCAAAGUGUGUGGACUACUUGUGGCUGUACAUACUGCUGCCGAGCAUCGCGACCAUGGCCCUGGUGGGGCUCCUGCUGGCCAUCGCCUGCUUCCGGCGGCGGGGCAAGCCGUCCCCCAACCUCCCCCCGACCAAGGGGCCCAAGGGGGUCGCGCUCAGGGGGCCCCCGCAGCAGAACAACAUGGAGCUCAACCGGCUGCUGCCGCGCGCCACCAGGGCCCCCGAAGUGCCGUCCCCGCGAGUGCGCUUCCUCCAGGAGCUGGGAGAGGGCGCCUUCGGGAAGGUUUACCGAGGGGAGCUGCUUCCAGUGAAGCGAGACUGCAGCCUCCCGAUACAGGUCGCCAUCAAGACCCUCAAGGAGAAUGCAGCCAUGAAGACUCAGCAGGACUUUCAGCGGGAGGCGGAGCUGAUGAGCGACCUGCAGCACCCCAACAUAGUCUGCCUGCUGGGCGUGUGCACAAAGGAGGAGCCCCUGUGCAUGCUCUUCGAGUACAUGCCCCACGGGGACCUCCACGAGUUCCUUGUGCAGCACUCUCCUCGCUGCGAGGGCACUACGCAAGUGCUCGACCUGGCCGACUUCCUGCACAUCUCCCGGCAGGUGGCAGCGGGAAUGGAGUACCUGUCGGCGCACCACUAUGUCCACCGCGACCUGGCCGCGCGCAACUGCCUCGUGGGCGAGUCCCUCACCGUCAAGAUCUCGGACUUCGGGCUCUCCCGGGACGUCUACUCCUCCGACUACUACCGGGUCCAGUCCAAGUCCCUGCUGCCGGUCCGCUGGAUGCCGCCCGAAUCCAUUCUCUACGGCCGUUUCACCACAGACAGCGACGUGUGGUCCUUCGGUGUAGUCCUCUGGGAAGUCUUCAGCUACGGGCUCCAGCCCUACUACGGCUACGCCAACCAAGAGGUCAUCGACCUCGUACGCGGUCGCCAGCUUCUGCCAUGCCCCGAAGACUGCCCGCCGCACCUCUACGCACUCAUGGUCGAGUGCUGGCACGAGGUGCCCAACAGGAGGCCACACUUCCGGGAGCUCCAUGCGCGCCUCUGCUCCUGGCAGGCGCUGCACGCACGGAGCGCGAGUCUGAGCACGCACGGGAGCAACCACACAGGCUCGACCUCCGUGAGCCACAAGGGGGGCAGUCCACUCCUCGGAGCGGGCGUCGGAGCGGCGCCGGAGCGGCCCGUCACGCCACUGGGUGGGAGGCCGCCCCUGCUCCAGCACUUUGGGGGUGCCUACAACGCGAUGGACGCCAGAGUGUCCAAGGUCUGACAGCUCCCGCGCACCUGCUACUUCGUGUGAACGCAGCAUGCCCGUUCGGCCUCCGCGGUUGGGUCCGUCGAGACGUUUCCGUCGGUGCACGCGGGUCGUGCCUCCGACGAGCGACUACAUGCGCGUGAAAUUACUUCGAGGUGCGACCAGCUGCGAAAAAAGCCGGUUCUUCAAGGUCCUUCCACGGACCCUCUUAAAGAACUUCUCUGCAUGAGUGUUUUGUUAAGCUGGUGGGAAUGACGUUGAAACCGCUGGAAAGAGAGCGUUGAAGUACUCAAGCAGUGUUCCCACUCAAGAAGCACGGGAUGCUGAGUGAAUUGCCACGACGUCGCCGGUAUUCGACGUUGCGAGCAGCAUCUCAGAACCUGAGCUGGUGUGGUUUGUUUCUAAGAGACUUCAAGACGUUCGCUGGCUUCGAGGCGAGACGCACAAGGUCACAAAACUAAGCGGACACAUUUUUGUAUACGGCGCUACGCACAAGCGAAUGCUCAUCUAACCAAACCGAAAUGACGAUUUCUUGCAUUUACCGGUGCGGAAAUAAUAGGGACGUGCUAUCUCGACAACGUGCAGGUAAAUUAAGACGCUCCGCCUAUGGCGCAGAAAUAUACGUCGUUUCAUCAGAGGACAUGAUGUUCAUUUGCAAUAAGAAACAUGUUCCUACACCAUAUCUCUUCUUGGGACGCUCGAGAAAAAAAAAAAAAAAAAAAAAGGAUGACGCUUGAGCAACACACAUGUCCAGUAGUGGACACACCUACUUAGCUUACACCCUGAAGAAACAGUCUUGCUGUUCUCAAAAGGCUGUGCAACAAAUUCCCGGGUGUUCCCACAAACCCUCAGCAACUGUGAACACCUUAUCGUCAACACAGGUGUCUCUGAAGUACAGUUGCUCCCUCUCGGAACAAAACCACUCCCAACACCUAGGUAGAAGAAUGUCCGCACCAAGUUUGCCAUUGCAGUUUUGCGACACAAACGCACGACGUCGGCUGCAUUGGCGUUGCGGUUAAACAACCCGCAGAGCAAGCUCAAAUCCCAUCGGCUUCGGCAAAGAGACUUAAUUCGUGCCCGCUGCUGCUGGAAAAGCGGCGUAGUCUUUGCGUGUCGCAGAUGCCUUCCUUUGCAACAAAUGUCCUCGUGACGCGUGGGGUGCCCAUAUCACAGACACGAAUCCGCAAUACGUCGUAGUUUUGUUCAGGAGGCCUCCUUUCUCAACCAACGAAUCUCGUGGAAGACUGCAGUCAUCCACGUUGCGUCGUGUCCCCACGUGUGUGUGUGUUUGCAGGGAUGUCGUGCCCCGCUCCCCGCAUAGGCUGCCUCGUUGGUGUUGCAUUUCAGCUGUGUUCUAGUCUCGCUUUUUAGGUUAAUAUAGUUAUCGCCGAGCAUGCCAAAGAAGUGUUCUUUACAUCUCCCCCUUCUUAUCCUUGAGGUGGCCGCACAAGACUUACCCCGUAGAGUUGUGAAAGACUGUACGCGGCAAGCGGGACUACGUAGGAAGACUUAUAAGUUAUUACGAGACAAGUGCACUACUGCCUUGCUGAAAUGAUUCAGAUAGGUUUCAUCUCUUACUAGGUACUGGAUCAGUAAAACAUCAUCACCGUCAAACAAUACAUCAAGCGGUAAGCUGCCCUAACGAGAGGGCCAUUCACAUUUGCAGAGCAUUUGUGCCAGGAAUCAAGCGCCAGAGUUUGUUGAGUUUUGUACGGUACUAUACAGGCGGUAGUAUUCAGUGCAACUGUGAUUGCAACUGUUCAGAUGCAAGCUUCCUUAACGAACCUCAUUAAUUGAAACGACCCUUAGGAGCCACAAGCAAUAACAAGCUUUAAAAAAAUACACAAGGUGAAACAUUGACGUGUUCGAAGACUGCCGUAAGAUCGCCGUUUGAGAGAGCGCCCAUCGUGCCAUAAGGCGCAUCUUUCGUACGCUAUAAUUUUCUCGCUCAUCUGUCCGUAAUCCACACUGCCACGUGUAGAGGCCACCUGGUUGUCCGACGCUCGCAAGCCAUAAACCCGCGCUCACACAGCCACAAACGACUCUCGGCGACCAAGGUGUAGCCAGGAGUCGCAACCCUAGAGUCGUGAGAGCCGAACACGAAAAUACCCUACGACGGAAUGCCCCCGUACUAGUCUCCACCUAGUUCCACGUGCAGUGAACGCGCACCGCGGGUUACGUUAGCGGUGCUCGACACGGUCAAACGCAGGAAAGACAUUACUGCGUGGCCAUUGAGCGCUCGCGACGCAGUCGGAUAAAGGUGCAGAUGUCUUUUCUAACGCACAAGAGUCCGGAGCAUACACGUAAAACAUUAUCGCUUGCAUCUGCAACACAUAUCGCGACAUCGAGCACCGGACCAUCGCAAGCCCGUGUCCUACCGGGAGCCGUGGACUUGUCACCUGUGUGUGCAUGCGUGUGUGCGUGUGUAUGUUUGCUAUGUUUCUAUGCCGCCACCCUCCCCCUCCCCACCAUCCCCCGCGGGAACCUGCGGAGAGGCGUUGUUUUUCCGACUUUUCUCCGCACCGUAUCGUUUUUGUACAAAACAAAGCAAGGCGCCCGUAAGUGUAUGUGACUUGAGUGUUGACUCUUUUAUACGUAAAGAUUAAUAAAGUUAAGUUAUGGUGAA